CGCACGGGAAUGAGCGCGCAGAAGCGGACUAUGGCUGAAAUGGUAUCAGACAGUGUCGGGGAUAAGAGUGUUUCCAUUUCAGAGUCAGACCCUUCAAAGCAACAUCCUCCCAAACGCCGACGCAUCAUCGACGCCUCGUCCAUCACAAACGUGCCUGUUUACUCCAACAAGGUUAACAGCUCCUUAAACCUGAAGCCAAUAACCUUCAAAAACACCAGUCUCACAGAUGAGGAAAAGGGUGGCCCUCUUUGGUCUCCUUCCCCACCCCGUGCAGUGAAACGGCCAAUCAGCAUUGAUCUGAGUGGCUCAGAGGAGGAGCCAGAACAGAGUGAAGCUCAAGAAAUUCUUCGUUCUCCCUCUCCACCCCCACCACCAUGUAGUCCACCAGUGAAACAGAGCAGACGAGCAAACCAAAAAAUACGAGAAAUCAACAGGAAACUGGAUGCGAUCGGCUCCCUUGUGUGUCUGUCCCCUGAGCCUCGAGAACCUGUCAUUGAAUACAGAAACUCUCCAUCUCCUGUGAAUGACUAUGAUGAUGAUGAUGACAUCAUCAUCAUUUCUUCUGACAGCAAACAGAAAAGACGUCCCCUGAAUACUGAGGGCAGAGACUCUGCGCGAGAAAUUUCACUAAAAUUCCGCUGCCGAACAGAGUUGUACAAAAUCCCAAUACUCUCUACGGCUCCUUUGAGUAAAGCUGUGGAACAGCUGGCCAUCAAACUCAAUGUCACAAGCAGCCAAAUUCUGUUAUUAAAGAAAGAUAUAGAUCUCCCUAUUCACUCAUCUGUCAGUGAGCUGGGUCUCGGCAUAGCUGACAUUAUAGAUUGUGUAGUAACAGAGAAUAAACAAGAAGUGAGGGACAAACGUAAUCUUAUUACUUUGCGACUGCAAGGCAAAGAGAAAGCGUCUGUGCAGGAGUAUUCCUUACAAAAGAAUGCUCCUCUAGGGUCCAUCCUGUCUCAGUAUGUCUCUGGUAUGGCUGCCAGUGCUAGACGGAGGGCUAAAUUUCUCUUUGAUGGGUCAAGGGUCACACAUGAUCAGACUCCAGCUGACCUGGACAUGGAGGACGGUGACGUCAUUGAAGUCUGGGUCUGAACGACGGACACUAUUGAUGUUGUUGGGAGUUCUGUACUUUUUCAACACCAUGUUCUGUAUGCAAGGAGGAAGAAAAGGAUUUGUAAAGGAUGUCUGACAUUUGUUUAAACCAGGGGUAGGCAACGUCGGUCCUGGAGAGCCACUGUCCUGCAGAGUUUAGCU